ACCAGCUGAUAUUUUCUUUCCUAAGGACCAGCUGUUCAGGAGCAACCCGGACGAGAGCCAGGCACAUUUGAGACUUGGAUCUAACUAAAGACCGCCACACAUUCCUGUGCAGCAAUGUCGGUGUUAGAAGAAACCCGGCCAUUUGCUCAACAGCUUUCCAAUGUCUACUUUACAAUACUUUCACUUUUCUGUUUUAAACUUUUUGUGAAAAUCAGCCUUGCCAUCCUUAGUCAUUUCUAUAUUGUCAAGGGCAACCGCAAAGAAGCAGCACGGAUAGCAGCUGAAUUUUAUGGAGUAACCCAAGGACAAGGUUCCUGGGCAGAUCGAUCACCACUUCAUGAAGCAGCAAGUCAAGGUCGCCUUCUUGCUCUGAGAACCCUAUUAUCACAGGGCUAUAAUGUAAAUGCAGUAACCAUAGACCAUAUCACCCCAUUGCAUGAAGCCUGCCUCGGAGAUCAUGUGGCAUGUGCCCGGACUCUUCUGGAAGCUGGAGCUAAUGUAAAUGCAAUCACAAUAGAUGGCGUGACUCCAUUAUUCAAUGCAUGCUCACAAGGCAGUUCAAGUUGUACAGAACUUCUUUUGGAAUAUGGUGCUAAAGCCCAGCUGGAGUCAUGCCUUCCUUCUCCUACACAUGAGGCUGCCAGUAAAGGUCACCAUGAGUGUCUAGAAAUACUGAUAUCCGGGGGCAUAGAUGUUGACCAAGACAUUCCUCAUUUGGGAACUCCUCUGUAUGUAGCAUGUAUGGCACAACAGUUCCAUUGCAUCCAGAAACUUCUUUAUGCAGGUGCUGAUGUACAGAAAGGCAAAUAUUGGGAUACCCCAUUGCAUGCUGCUGCUCAACAAUCCAAUGCAGAAAUUGUAAACUUACUGCUAGAAUUUGGAGCAGAUAUCAAUGCUAAAAAUACAGAGCUUCUGCGACCUAUAGACAUAGCUGCUUCUAGCAGUUUGGUGGAAAGAAUACUGCUUCAGUAUGAAGCUACUCCAAGCUCUCUUUGCCAACUUUGUCGACUCUGUAUCCGAAGCUGCAUAGGAAGACCAAGAUUGCACCUUAUCCCACAGCUACAGCUGCCAACGUUACUGCAGAAUUUCUUACAGUACCGAUAAAGCAUUACAAUAAUCCUAAAUACUUUGAAAAUUAAAAACGUCUUUCAUCUGCCUAGUGUAUAUUUCAUAUUACAGUUGAUAAAGAUAGGGUAGAACUGAGUAUGAGAACACCCAGGGAAGAAGUGGAAUAUCGAUUUCCAUUUAGAAUAUACUACUUAGUAUUCUUUUGCUAUGCAUUUUUACAGUCCUCGCAUGAUAGUAUAUUUAAAGCACCUAUAUAAUAUUAGCUAAUCAAGCAUAUCCUUUUGUU